CCCAAUCGUCUCUCUGGAAUAAAGAUCGCAAGGGGCUGAUUUCCGUAUAUUCGUGGGGAUGUCGACGUGGCGAAUCUUCUCCGACGCCGAAAAUGAUUUCCGGUGGGAGGUUUCCGGCGCGGUGGCGCAAUCGAACUUACCGGUGGAGUCGAAGGUUUAUCCGGUCUCACCCGUCAGCUCCAGUUUUCGCCUUCCCUCCAUGGCUGACCUCUUGCUUGAAGGCUGUCCGAAGCUUCUCGAGAACGCCAAAGACGGCGGUGGGAGUGCUCCGAUUUUUCGAACUGGAUCGGGGAAAUCCGUGGCACUGAAACAAUCUUCAAUCGCCAAAGCUUUGUCAGUUCUAAGCGAUGGGGACGGCUUAGGCACAGCUGGCUACGCAGGUGAAGCAUACAAUGGAGACGUUCCAAGCAAUUUCUCCAACUCACUUUUCCAAACUGCAUCUGGAAAAUCAGUUGGCUUCACUUCUGCUGGACUUUCCAAAGCCAGGAGUUUGUUGGGAAUGACAGAAGAUGGAGGCAAUGCUUCUAGUUUUGAAGGGUUCCAACGUCCACAAAGAUCAUCUUUUGCAAAAGUGCACACUGGUGGGCAGGGUUUUACUCAUUUGGGGAUGAGAGAUGGUGCGAGCAAGGAAAUGCCAGGUUCCAGUCCAGCCACACCUUAUAAAACUGGUUUAGCAGGAAGCAGACUUUCGAACGAGUUUACCCCAGACUCAUUGCUGUCCAAAGUGCAUGAUACAGCUGCUAAACCACCUCCAAUCAAGUUCCAGACAGCCGGGGGGAGAUCGUUAUCCGUUUCAACUGAUGCACUGCAACGUGCAAGAAGCCUUCUUGGGGACCCGGACUUGGGCAGUUUCUUCAAUGUGGGGGAUCCGGCCAUUGCUGUUUCUGAAGAGAGAAGAACCAGUGACUCUUCGUUCAGCAAGGUCAAAGAUGUGUAUGCUGGAUUUACUUAUCCUGGUGCUGCAAGGAGUAAAUAUACUCAAAAGAAUUUCUUACCCCCUCUUAAAGCAUCUUCCAACCAGUUUCAAGGGCUGCUUAACUCGGAAAACGUCUCAAUAGGGAGCAACUUGCUCAAGCAGUUUGAUGCUGUUGGAAACGACUGUAUAAAUGGCAAUGUGAACAAGGAGAACAGUCUUGCGAGUUAUAAGACCUGUAUGGAUGAUCAUGCAAGACUCAACACCAUAGGAAAUGGGUCUGCUUUGAGACGUAUUCAAGUAGCAAAGCCAUGUCCGGGGCCGUUGGCUGACAUCUCCAAUACCGUGCACACAAAUUGCGCAGACGGUAGACAAGUGGGCGGUGGAAAGAGGAGACUGAGGGGUGGAAUAUCUGUUUCCCCAUUCAAGAGGCCAAGAAACUCCAAAUUCAUCACCCCUUUGAACAAGAAUCAUUGCCCCAGUGGUUUAUCGGUGGUGUCAUCUCAGAUUCCUUGUAGCCGAAAAAGGGUCUCCACUAGGUAUCCUGCUCAGACUUCAAGGAUGCAUAUCAAAGAAUACUUCGGGGUGGCCCUUCCUCACCACAGGUUUCUUGUGCAGUUGGAAGAGCAAGCAGCUUGUAUCACAUCCGACGCUGCAUCUACCUAUUCUUUCCCAGAUCAACUGGGCACGAAUUCCAUUGGAGUAGAAGCCUGUCGCCGCAUGCUUGUUCAGUCAGGAGCUUCUGAGCAAUGUGCUUCCGAAGAGUGGGUUACGAAUCACUACAAGUGGAUAGUUUGGAAACUGGGAUGCUACGACAGAUAUCGUCCGGUGAAGGCGGCUGCGAAAUUUUUGACGAUCACCAAUGUCCUCGAAGAACUGAAAUACAGAUAUGAAAGAGAAGUAAACCAUGGACAUCGAUCUGCACUCAAGAGGAUCUUGGAAGGCGAUGUACCUCCUUCUUCGAUGAUGGUCUUGUGUAUUUCGGCAGUUUGUGCUAAUUCUGAAGCGGAGGCAGAGGAUCGUCCACCGGAAUCAAAUAGCCCUCUAGGUGGUACUGCGGCAAAAGUACAGCUGACUGAUGGAUGGUAUGCAGUGGAUGCUCUAUUAGAUAUGCCGUUGUCAAAGCUUCUUUCAAGUGGGAAUCUUUUUGUUGGACAGAAACUUAGGGUUUGGGGAGCAGGAUUAUCUGGAUGGGCUGGCCCUGUUUCUCCACUUGAGGCAUCAAACGCCGUCAGUUUGCUGUUGCAUACCAAUGGGACUUAUAGAGCUCAUUGGGCUGAUCGACUUGGAUUCUGUAAGAGAACCGGUGCUCCUUUGGCCUUCAGGUGUAUCAAGAGCAAUGGCGGCCCUGUUCCCCAUACGUUAGUUGGAGUUAGACGCAUCUACCCUGUUCUCUACAAGGAGAAGUUUGGUGGAGGUGGAUCUAUCGUGAGGUCAGAGAGAAUGGAGGCUAAGAUGUUGCAGGUGUAUAACGACAGGAGGUCAGUUGUGGUGGAGGGUGUAGUUUUGGACAUGCAAAGGGGAACCGAAAGCUCUCGACCGUACAACAACGACAGUGAUAGUGAAGAAGGCGCAAAGCUUUUGAAAAUACUGGAGACGUCAGCUGAACCAGAAGUUCUGAUGGCAGGGAUGAGCUCAGCGCAACUUGCUUCUUUCACUUCGUAUCAGGCAAAACUACAGGCAACCAAACAAUUUAACAUGGACAAAGCAAUCGAGAAAGCUUUCCGGGAUGCUGGGUUAGAGGAGAGAGACGUUACCCCCUUUAUGAGGGUCAGGGUGGUCGGGUUGACAACUGGUGGUCAAGGAAAUAUCAGAUCACAAGAAGGUUUGAUAACAAUAUGGAAUCCUACAGAGAAGCAGCAGCUUGAGCUGGUGGAAGGACAGGCGUAUGAUGUUGCAGGACUAGUGCCUGUGAACUGUGAUUCAAAUACCCUUUACUUACAAGCAAGAGGACCCGGAAACAAGUGGAAACCCCUGUCUCGUUCUCAGACACAAUCUUUUGAGCCCUUCUUCACUCCUCGGAUGUCCAUCACGUUAUCAAACUUGGGUGAAGUUGCAUUUGGCAGCGAAUUCGAUAUGGCUGCAGUUGUUGUGCAUGUGGGGGAGGUUUAUAAAACUGGGGUGGCCUCGAAACAGUGGGUAUUUGUGACUGAUAACUCCAUCUCCACGUUGAAUCCAGAAGCUGCGAACUCCAUACUAGCUUUAAGCUUUGGCUCCCCUCGGGAAGACAAGGAUUCAGCUGCUCCUCCAGUCAACCACAAUCUAGCAGGGUCAACAGUUGGCUUCUGCAACAUUAUCAAGAGGAAGAAGGAUCAAAUGAAUGAGCUAUGGAUAGCUGAAGCAACGGAGAAUUCGACUUACUACCUUACCUUUGACUCCCGAAAUUGCUCCCACCUCAAAAAGACUGCAGCGUCCGUUCAAAGCUGGGCCAAAGUUUCCCGCUCGGUUAUCAGCAGGCUGAAGGAAAAGGUUUUAAACAUCGUUGAUGCUUCUUGAAGCCAGAAAUCUUAACAGGAGUUGCGAGUUCUAUGACUCUACAUUAUAUCAGUUUCUCAUGCAAACGCGAGCAUUCCGUUUUUAAGGGAAGCAUCUGCACAAGCUCUUGAGUUAACAGGGAAAAUCGUAUUAACGCUUCGUUAGAAACUAAUGUAGUUCAGCGUUUUACACAUUCUGUAAAUAUUUAAUGCCUCUAAUCCCCCAUGCUGGUAGGGAAAUUUUGCUACGUUUACUAAUCAUGCUUAGUAAAACUCUAAACAGGUUCUUUGAUGACAGUUCAAUUAUAGUA